CGGGCGGAAGCGGCGUCGUCCAGUCGAGAACGAGUCGAGAGCCGCUUCCCGGCCGGCCGCCCUCUCCGCGGACUCUUUGGCGACGGGCUGCGUCGGUGGGGAUCCGAUGAGCUCCUCGCAGCGCAGUGAGAGACGCAGGCGGCGCGGCGGCAGAGCCAGGAGCGGCCCGCUCGCUCGCUUACUCUGCUUACCGGGACGGAGGAGGAGGGGAGUUCUUGCCGGCUGGGGGGGGGCGGCCCGUGGUGUCACCCGGUGCGGCCCGCACCUGCCGCACUGCCCUAGUGACGCCCCUUGAAAUAUCCAAACAGGGCUUCAUCUCUUCACUGGAAGGACAAGCUCCCAUUGGAUGGGGCGUUGAUGAAGGGGAGAUAUCUGCAGCAGAUGAUGGGCAGAAGAAUGAGAAUUAUAGGAAAUCACCGAUGGUGUCAUUGGUAAUAGCCAAGGGUGAAGCAUAAAAAGAGAUGGUUGAAAAUCACAGGAGCCCAAAACCAUCUGAAGGAAACCAGUCAAAGAAUGGGAGGAAGAAAUCCUCUACUUCUCAGAGUUUGCCUCACAGAAUGCACAGAGGAAAGAAAUCAUUUAAAUGCAUGGAAUGUGGAAAGAGCUUCUCUCUAAGCGGUAAACUUACUAAACAUCAAAGAAUCCACACAGGGGAGAAACCAUUUGAAUGCAUGGAAUGUGGAAAGAGCUUCAAUCAAAGGGGUAACCUUACUAAACAUCAAAGAAUACACACAGGGGAGAAACCAUUUGAAUGCCUGGAAUGUGGAAAGUGCUUCAGUGAGAACCGUACCCUUACUGUACAUAAAAGAACCCACACAGGAGAGAAGCCAUUUAAAUGCAUCCUGUGUGAAAAGAGCUUCAGUCAGAACUGUGACCUUUCAUCACAUCAAAGAACCCACACAGGGGAGAAGCCAUUUAAAUGCAGGGAGUGUGGAAAGUGCUUCACUGACUGUGGUAGCCUCACUAAACAUCAAAGAACCCACACGGGGGAGAAACCAUUUAAAUGCAUGGAGUGUGGAAAGAGCUUCAGUGAGGGAGGUAAGCUUACAUUACAUCAAAGAAUCCACACUGGGGAGAAACCAUUUAAAUGCAUGGAGUGUGGAAAAAGCUUUAGGGUGAACUCUCACCUUACCACUCAUAAAAGAAUCCACACAGGGGAGAAGCCAUUUAAAUGCAGGGAGUGUGGACAGAGCUUCAGCGUAAGCAAUAGCCUUACUUUACAUCAUAGAACACACACGGGGGAGAAGCCAUUUAAAUGCAGAGACUGUGGACAGAGCUUCAGCGUCAGCAAUAGCCUUACUAUUCAUCAAAGAACGCACACAGGGGAGAAACCAUUUAAAUGCAUGGAGUGUGGAAAGGGCUUCAGUGCACGGAGUAACCUUAGUAGUCAUCAAAGAAGACACACAGGGGAGAAACCAUUUAAAUGCAUGGAGUGUGGACAGAACUUCAGUCAAAGGGGUAACCUUACUAUUCAUCAAAGAACACACACGGGGGAGAAACCAUUUAAAUGCAUGGAGUGUGGAAAGACCUUCAGCGUAAGCAGUAGCCUUACUUUACAUCAUAGAACACACACGGGGGAGAAACCAUUUAAAUGCAUGGAGUGUGGAAAGUCCUUCAGUAUAAGCAGAAGCCUUACUUUACAUCAUAGAACACACAUGGGGGAGAAACCAUUUAAAUGCAUGGAGUGUGGAAAGAGCUUCAAUGAGGGGCGUAAGCUUACAUUACAUCAAAGAAGCCACACCGGGGAGAAACUAUUUAAAUGCAUGGAUUGUGGAAAAAGCUUUAGGGUGAACUCUUACCUUACCACUCAUAAAAGAAUCCACACAGGGGAGAAGCCAUUUAAAUGCAGGGAGUGUGGAAAGAGCUUCAGUCAAAGGGGUAACCUUACUAUUCAUCAAAGAACGCACACAAGGGAGAAACCAUUUUAAUGCAGUGAGUGUGGGAACAGUUUUAGUGUAAGGAGUAACCUUACUAGUCCUCAAAGAAUACACAUUUAAAGUAAUAGAAUGUACAGAGAACUUUCGUGUGAGCCUUGCCCUACAUCGGUAAACUAUAGGGCUGGUGGAAUUUAUGUAGUCCAAGAUAAUAUUUAGCAAUGUUAAGUUUUUAGUUAAUUUAAAUUUUCGGGCUACAAAUAUUAAAGCCCUGUGUAGCUUGGUCCAGGAUACCCAAAAUAUAGUCUCACCUGCUAUCUACCAAACCAGUCAUUGCAGUCUGCAGCAGAGGGCUUCUUGGCACAUAUCUAAUCAGUAGGUCUGUUCUGUAUGAUGAAUGCAGUAUUUAGUGUGCUGGCACUUACCUUCGGAACUCUCUGCUGUUACAUAUUAGGCGGCGUCUAUUUUUCUUUUUGAUGCCUCUUGAAGACCUUCCUGUUUCAACAAACCUUUUAAGGGGAGAUCUUUAUCCCACUCUGUAUCUGUAUUGGAUUUUAAAAUUAUUUUAAUUGUUUUUAUGUGUUAACCAUGUGAAAUUGUUUUUAUUUGUGGCAUUUUUGAUAUACAAUGCUUUGCAAAAGCAAUCAGACCCCAGACCAAUGCUCUCAUAUUACUAAAUUACAAAUGGUACAUUGUAAUUUCGUUCUGUAUAUUUUAUUUUGAAACACUGAAACUCAAAAUCAAUUAUUGUAAGGUGACAUUGGUUUUAUGUUGGGAAAUGUUUGUGAGAAACAUACAAAACUGAAAUAUGUUGCUUGCAUAAGUAUUCAACCCCCACACAUUAAUAUUUGGUAGAGCCACUUUUCGCUGCAGUAAUAGCUUUAAGUCUUUUGCAACUUCCUGCAUCGCUCUGGGGGAGAGGCAUCUCAGUUUUCCAAAGGGCCAAUGAACUGCACUCUGGUUCUUAGAGAGGCGGGAAGUUUUAAUCACAAGGGGGGGGAGAUACAAUACUGAAUGAGGAGGAGGGGCGGCUUCAUUCCUUCCCUCCCUCUGGGAGGAGAAAUCAGCCUUGGAGAACAGGAGGCUGGCGCUUACAGAGGGCAUUGGGAUGCAACAUGGAGAGGGGGGGGUUGGGGGAAAAUGGGGGAAGACCCCCCCCCUUUGGGAAUCCCUGGUUCAUGCAAUCCAUGCUGGAGAGAUCAGAGAUCUACAAGGGGCUGGAGGGGGAAGGAGAACCGGGCUUUUGUUGCUGCAAAAGCUCACCUGUCUCCCCCCCUCACUUUGGUGCGGGGAGUUCAGCGCAUUAGCACAGGCCCAUGGGGCCGU